CUUUCUGGUUAGGAAGGUGCAGUGAGCGAACGGCAGUGUGAACGGGUAAACGCAAAUUGUGGACAUCGUUAGGUGGCAACCGGCACCAGGGGCAGCAUGCAGGACGACAAGUGCACUCCGCAGCAGGAACAGUGGAGCGUUUCACCGCCGAACAGGUCGCAACGGAGCGUGCCGGACGGAUGGCCGUUCAGGAAGGCAAACAGGGACAUGGUCGACGCUCAAAAAGCCGCGAAAAUCAAUUUCGACGUGUUCGCCGAGGAAUACAAUAUGAGGCAUAAAAGAAGAGGAGUGGCGCUUAUACUGAACCACGUUCACUUCGAGGAAAUGGCCACGAGAAAGGGCUCGGAAAAGGACACCUUGAACCUCAAGACGUCAUUAAACAAGCUCGGGUUCGACGUGCGAGUUUUCACCGAUCCGACGGUCAAAACCAUAACCACGGUCCUCCAGUCGACCGCUGCGGAAGACCACACGGAUGCCGACUGCCUGAUCGUGGUUGCAAUGUCACACGGCGAGUCGGGUCUAUUGCAUUCGACCGACAGCAUGUAUCCAGUCGAUACGCUGUGGAGUCCCUUUACGGGCGAUCGAUGCACCAGCUUGCUCGGCAAACCAAAGUUGUUCUUCAUUCAGGCAUGCCGCGGGACGCGACUGGACAAAGGUGUGAAAUUUUUUCAUGAGACGGACAGUAAGAGCUCCACAUACAGUAUACCCGCCUAUGCAGACAUCAUGGUCGCGUACUCCACUUACGACGGUUUUUACUCGUGGCGCAAUCCGGACUCGGGCUCCUGGUUCAUACAGGCGCUCUGCGUGGAGCUGGAGCUUCACGGGCGUAGCCGCGAUCUACUCAGCCUAAUGACCUUCGUUAAUCGCCGCGUCGCCAUCGAGUAUCAGUCCUACGUGCCGCAGAACGAGAAAUUCCACGGGAAAAAACAGAUCCCGUCGAUUGUCUCGAUGCUGACCCGCCUCGUGUACUUUCGUGACGAACACACAUCGACACCGGACAAUAUCGACAGCGGAUCGGAGAGAAAGGAAGCCGAGGUGCGCGAAAAAGUAACGUAAAAGUGGCAAAACACUCGUCCUCGAACGAACUUUACGAUGAUGGAUUUUCCGACAAAACCCGACAGAUUGAUUCCAGUCGAGUUGUUUUGAUGUAUCGCACUUUUUGAGAAGUGACUAUCGAUCGGCGCGACUCAUCGAAAAUGUUUGGAUUGUUUCGAUUGAGUUUCGCAGUUUCGCAUAAAGAAUUCAAGAAUUUAAUAUGUGUAAAA